AAAGAAAUAAUUAUGAAAAUUAAGUUGCUAAUAUGCAUAUAUUUAUUUUGCACAACGAUUACAAUCGCAUUACCAAUAAAUAAAACUUCUGUCAACGCGAUACACCCUAUCGUACCUAAUAUAGUUAGAACAUCGAACCAAGAUAAUUUAUUACGUCUUUACGAGUCAUCGCAAGAUCCGGAAGUCCGUCCCGGUUUGUUUGAGGGAGAUAUAGCCGUGACUAGUGAGUAUUUCAAUUAUUGGCGUGUUGGUUUACGUUGGGAUGUUUUCCCGGAUAAACUGUGGCAAAAUAGAACUGUUCCUUAUGUAAUUAGCACUCUAUAUGAUCCUGUGGAUUAUAUGAAAAUAUAUAAAGCAAUUUCAUAUAUGAAUUAUAUGACAUGCAUCAAAUUUAUUCCAUGGGAUGGUAAAGUCAAGGAUUUCUUGCUGAUUUGGCCAAUAAUGUAUCCUAAAGGAUGCUGGUCAUUUGUGGGCAAAUUCGGUGGAGCUCAGAUCCUUUCCUUGGAACCACCAGACGAGAAAGGACCCAAUUGCUUGGAAAACGAGGGAAGAGCAAUACACGAGUUGAUGCACGCUCUCGGUAUCUUCCACGAGCACAGUCGUGCCGAUAGAGACAUGUAUAUAAAUAUACAUUAUGAAAAUAUUAUACCUGGAUUUCGAUCAAACUUCAACAAGCAAUCGCCGGAGAACGCGACAUAUAGCUACGAGUAUGGAUACGAUAGCAUAAUGCAUUAUGGUAACUACUUUUUUAGCAUAGAUCCUAUGAAACCGACUCUGACACCGAAAACGCCUGGUGUUAUGAUCGGUCAACGAAAAGCGAUGAGUAAAACCGAUUGUCUGAAGCUGAACAAUCUUUACGGAUGUUUGGCCAAACCGGAGGAAGCGCGAAUAUAUCACAGUAUCUGCAAAAUAUUGGGAUUGUAAGCUAUGUUGUUGAUAAGUGAAUUUCUUGAGGUUAACAU